AUGGCCUCCGCGAAGAAAGGGAAAGGAAAGAAAAUUGUAAAUCAAGAGGAACUUCGGCGCCUGAUGAGGGAGAAGCAAAGGCAAACGUCCGAGAAGAAGCGCGUCGAGUCUCCAUUCGCAAAGUAUAACAGCUUGGGCCACUUGAGCUGCGUUAUCUGCAACACGCAGGUAAAAUCUGAGCUGCUGUGGCCCGCUCACGUCCUUGGAAAACAGCACAAGGAGAAGGUAAGCGAGCUCAAAGAGGCGAAACAAACAACGCAAAGUCAACCGGUGAAGAGAAAAGUGACUGACGAUGACAAGGAAAUAAACGGAAAAAAGGCAAAGCAAACGUUGGGUACAGGUCAGUCCGCCGUUGCGGUACCUGCAGAUUUCUUUGAGAAACCGAAUUCUGCCAAGAACUCGGCGGGUGUUAGUCUGCUAGCGGGUGCCUAUGACGACGAUGACAACGAUGAGGUGGAAAACGAGAUGACUGGGGAAGCAGAGGCGACCACCACCACAGCCGCUUCUCAGCCCCCGGAACACACCGGAUUACCAGCAGACUUCUUCGACAGCUCCAUCCCGUCCGCCCCCACCGCCUCCCACUCUGGCUCCAUCGUCAAGGCAGAAGUGGUGGAGAAAAGCGCAGAGAAGAAGGACAACACGACCGAGACGCUGCCUGAGGGUUUCUUCGAUGACCCGGUUCGGGACGCUAAGGUGCGAAACGUGGACGCGCCGAAGGACCACAUGGACAAGGAGUGGGAGGAGUUUCAGAAGGAGAUCCGGCAGGUGAACACCAAGUCCGAGGCCAUCGUGGCCGAGGACGACGAGGAGGGCCGCCUCGAGCGACAAAUUGACGAGAUCGACGAGCAGAUCGAAUGUUACAAGAGGGUGGAGAUGCUGAGGGACAAGAGGGACGUAGUGAAGAGAAGGCUUCAGCCCAAGGAAGAACCCAUGGAGACCGAAGCCAGUAUGGACAAGGAGGACGAGGAGGAAGAGAAUGAAGAACUACUUCGACUUUUGUCCCGGGACUGGAGGGCCAAAGGCGCACUGGCAUGAUCUGUAUACAAAAUAUAUGUACAAAAAAAAAGACACGCAACCAACUGAACUUUUUGUACUGACUGUAUGCUCACAUUAAAUAUGAGGAAACCGGA